AUGGUUGAAGUGACUACUUUGGGAUACUAUGCUGUUGCUGCGAUAGUGACAUUGGUGAUAAUUAUUUAUUCUACAAUUAUAAUAUUUUCACAUAAGCCUCGAGCUCCACAUGUAUCAGAAUUACAAUAUAUAACAAUAGAUUCUAAGGGUGAAGAUAUAGUAAAGUAUGAUUUACCAAUUCGUGGUGAUUUAGAAAUUAAAGAUGAUAUAGAGUUAAGUGUUGUUAUUCCAUGUUAUAAUGAAACUAAGAGAUUGAAAAUCAUGUUAGAAGAUGCAAUUUCUCAUUUAUACAAGACAUAUGAUGAUAAAUUUGAAAUUAUAAUUGUUGAUGAUGGUUCAAAAGAUGGUACUGCUGAAUAUGCAUUAGAUUUAGGUUUAAAUUAUUUUAAAUUACAAAAAGGUCAAUUAAGAAUUGUAAAAUUAGUCAAGAAUAGGGGGAAAGGUGGUGCUGUUACACAUGGUAUACAACAUGUUCGUGGUAAAUAUGCCAUCUUUGCAGAUGCAGAUGGUGCUUCUAAAUUUAGUGAUGUUGAACAAUUAAUUAAAAGUAUACAAUCAGCAGGUGAUUCACCAGCCCUUGCAAUUGGAUCAAGAGCUCAUAUGGUUGAUUCAGAUGCUGUCGUUAAGAGAUCUUUUAUAAGAAAUUUCUUAAUGUAUAGUUUACAUACAUUAGUUUUCAUUUUUGGAAUAAGAGAUAUUAAAGAUACACAAUGUGGAUUUAAAUUAUUUAAUAGAUCAGCAAUUUUAAAAAUUUUCCCAUAUAUGCAUACUGAAGGUUGGAUAUUUGAUGUUGAAAUUUUAAUCUUAGCUAUAAGAAAACAAAUUCCAAUUAAAGAAGUUCCAAUUUCAUGGCAUGAAGUUGAUGGUUCAAAAGUUGAUUUAGCAAGAGAUAGUAUAAAUAUGGCUAUCGAUUUAGUUGUUACAAGAUUAGCAUAUAUUUUAGGGAUUUAUAAAGAUUAUAAAUGA